AUGGAGGAGGAGAAACCUCAAACCGUCCCCACUUCCAAGGUGGAGACUCUUCCUCCAAUCACAGGAGCUACAAACCCUUUGAAGAAGAAGAUAGACAAACUUGUCGCUAGUAGACUACACAAUGAUACGGAGUUUCUCCAAAUGGUCGACUACAUCUCGCCGAUGGUGGAUGAUAUUGAUAUGCAUACCGAGCGCCGGUUAUUGCGGAAGCUUGAGCAGAAAGAAGUAGAUCUAAACAAGGAUUAUUUGAAAGAGUUCGAGAAGAUGAAUUCUUACGUUCAAGACUUCGCUGACAAAGUCCGCAGAAUGCACAGCAUUUGUUCUGAUUUGACCAGUAGAAUCCAACAGAACAAGGAAAAGACUCAGGAUCUUCUCAGUAAGACGAGUGCUUUGCAAAGCCAAAAACGACAUCUCGAGACUAAACAAAAAAAUAUUGACGAGUUCUUAGGGAAAUUUUCAUUAACCGAAGCUGAAAGCAAGGCCUUAGAAGGAAACAUAACAGACGGUACCGUAACAACUGAUUUCUUCCCAGCUCUUAACAGAGUCAAAGAGAUCUAUUCACAAAGUAAAAAUUUGUUGAGAUCAAGUGGAGAACAUUCUGCCGCAUUGGAAGUUAUGGAAGACAUGUCGCAGAAGAUGGAGAAGGCUUAUGAAGUUUUGUACCGAAGCAUUCAAAGGGAAUGCCGAGUUCUGAACAUGGAUUACAUAGAGUUGAAGCACAUUCUUUGUUUGUCGUUUGCCGCUCUCCAAGAUAGGGAAGUUCUUCUGAAAUAUUCUCUCGAUGAAUUUUGUACUGCCAGAAAGAAUCAAAUUCUCCGUCAUUAUAUUGAUGCUUUAACGAAAGGAGCUCACGGAGGAGGAAAACCCAUCGAACUAAUGAGUCAUGAUCCUCAAAGAUAUCUAGGAGAUAUGUUGGCUUGGAUCUAUGAAGCUAUUGAGGGAGAGAGGGAGUUGUUACAGAUGUUGCUGAAAGAGUGUAAGGAAGAAGUUUAUAAGGAUAGUUUCACUCAUGUUCUAUCUGAAAUUUCAAGUGCUCUCUGUCGUCCUUUCAAGAUAAGAGUCGAGCAAGCUCUAGCUAACGAAACAGAUUCGGUGGUUCUAUACAGCUUGUCUGCUCUGUUCACUUUCUAUGCUGGUAAAAUCAUACCUGACAUUGGAUCCGAGAGUGAAAUCGCACACACCAUCAGCGAGUUGAACAACUUGACUCUAAAUAUAUUCCAUACUAGUUUAAACAAUUCUGUUCAAAGGAUAUUGGCGAAGAUGGGAGCUCCCGAUUAUGAUUUACUGCCGGUGCAAGCUGUACACCAGAUUCUCAUGUUGCUCAGGGAAGUAUUAGAAACACAUGACGGGUCAAUGGUUGGACAUAACGACUCAAAGGAAGAGUUCAAUAAGAUUUUCUCUUGUGUUCUUGAUCCUUUGUACAGGGCUAUUCAGAUUGCUACGACCCAAUUACAUUCUCCUUUAGAUGUUGCUGUUUAUACUUUGAAUUGUUUAAGCUCAAUACAGUCUGCAGUGAUUCUUUACCAGUUCACAGACACUCGUCUCGAAAUGAUCAAAGCUUUGAUGGAAGCCAAUGAAGACGUUCUUGUGUCUGAAGAAGCCUCUGCGAUUUUAGCCUCUACUGGUCUUAUACAUAUCUAUACAAAAGCUGCUGCUCAUGACCCUAAUCAAGGUCCUCUCUCGGCUAUCUCUGGAAUGGAUUCAGCUACCGUUGUGAAAACAUUUACAGCUUUUGAUAGCUUCCUGGGACAACCAGACAGUUGUCGGUUAGACCAAGUAUCCAAGAUUAGUAGUUCCCGCGUUAGAGAUUCAGUUCGCAAGCGAACGAUGGAAAAUGUGAUCGGUGCAUAUGCCGUGAUCAUUCGUAAAAUAGAAGAAACUUCCAACAAAUAUGAGAAUAUUGCAUAUAAAUCAGUGGAACAGGUGUCUGAACUUCUUUUGUAA